AUGGGUGCCAUCAAUGGCCCCUACAUGGAAGAAUUCAACUCCGGCUCAGUUAUGUUCCAAAUCGGAGGUGGAGACAACGAAACGCGCCCUGCCAAUGUCUACAUGAACUUCAUUAUCAAGCUUGACAACAACUCAUUGGUUCCUGCCGGCGUUCUGGCACCCUAUGCUGGUGCAGAGGGGAGUCAAACGAAGCCUAGCGAAUAUCCACUUCUUUACAAUACCAUCACGAGACGGUUUACUUCUCCUACACAAGCUCCUGGUGCCUUCAACGUCCCGCAGCCAGAUGGCUUGUUCAUCCGCGGGGCUGACAACGGUGCCUCGAGGGACCCAGAUGCUUCCACCAGAGACCCUGCACCAGAUGGCACUACGGGUCCGUUGGUUGGCACUACCCAACAGUAUGCCACAAAGCCCGGCACAUGGCAGGUGUCCAUCGCCAGAGUUCCCACCGGCGGAGUCGAAAUGUGCAACGUUGCUUUAGGGCACGAUAACCUCGUCGCGGACUCAAACGCAACAACAGUAACUUUUAUUGGUGGUGCUGACGAGACACGACCCAACAACUCUGCUGUGUCGUAUUAUUGUCUCUCUGACGAUUCGACCGGAGACGCUUUCCCCGUGGGCGGCAUCAUUGCUGUGCCAGGCAACUAUACCCCUGAUGGCAACUGGUUGUCAGCUCAAGGUCAAUCUCUCAAAGCCAGCGACUAUCCGAUUCUCUUUAGCAUUCUCGGGAAUGCAUGGGGUGGCGAUUCAACGACGUUCAACCUGCCAGACCUCCAGGACCGGUUCCUUCGUGCUACUGACGGAAAUCCGACCAAUUCGAAUGAUCCAGAUCAGUCUUCACGCGUGGCAUCUGCACCAGGCGGUGCCACGUCUGGCACUGGAUCUUUCCAAUCCUUUGCUACGGGAACACCUCACACACCUCUUGAGGUCACUGGGUUAAGCUAUCCCACUGCUGAUCAUGAUAAUGCACUUACUGCUAUUGGAUACCAUAUUGCGGACUUUAAUCCCGGUCCUACUACUUAUGCUCUUUCGGGUGGAGACCCUGAGACUGCGCCAAUCAGUGUUGUGGUCAACUUCUAUAUCCGCGUUGUUUAG